CGCCAAAUUACUUCUCUCCUCCGACAUUUCAGAUUCGCGACCCGGAUCCUGACCCGAACCCGCAUUUUCCUUGGUUCCGAUCUGGCUCCUUGACAAUGGCGUCGGGAGCUUCUCCUUCUACUUCGGCUACCAGAUCGGAGCCGCACAAGGACUCUACGACAUCUCAGCCGGAGGAGAGAGCUCCAGCUUCUAAGGAGGUAUCAGCAGUAAUAGAUUCGCUUAAGAAGAAACUUGCAGCUGAUCGGUGUAUAUCAAUAAAGAGAAGGAUUGAUGAAAACAAGAAGAGUUUGCGUGGCAUUACUCAUAGCUUUAUGAGGUCGUCCAUGGACAGAGGAGGUAGCUAUAAAGAUGGUAGUGAUCUCUUAGUUAAGAGGCAAAGAGAUUCACUAGGUAUGAAAAGCGGAAUUGAUGCAAACGAUGGAGAUAAGAAUAACCAUAGCUUCUUGGAAGAUGGACAUGUCAGUGCAGCGAUGGCUCAAGGAUCCAGUGUCCCUGUUAAGAUUUCCUUACGUCCAAUCAAGAUACCUGAUAUCAAACGUCUCUCGCCUUAUACCACAUGGGUUUUUCUGGAUAGGAAUCAAAGAAUGACUGAGGACCAGUCUGUAGUGGGUCGAAGGAGGAUUUAUUAUGAUCAAACAGGUGGGGAAGCACUCAUUUGUAGUGAUAGUGAAGAAGAGGUGAUUGACGAGGAAGAUGAGAAAAAAGAUUUUGUGGAGCCUGAAGACUUUAUUGUUCGCAUGACCCUUGAGCAACUAGGUGUUUCAGACUGUGUCUUGGAGGAAUUAGCAAAUUUCUUGUCCAGAAGUUCUAGUGAAAUCAAGGCAAGACAUGCAGUGCUUAUGAAGGAAAAAGAAGUAUCCGAGAGUGGCGAUAAUCAAGCAGAGAGCUCCCUCCUCAACAAAGAUAUGGAAGGAGCAUUAGAUUCUUUCGACAACCUGUUCUGCCGUAGAUGCCUUGUAUUUGAUUGCCGGCUGCACGGGUGUUCACAAGAUCUUAUAUUUCCCGCUGAGAAACCAGCUCCAUGGAGUGCUCCUGUAGAUGAAAAUUUAACCUGUGGUGCAAAAUGCUAUAAAACGCUUCACAAGUCUGAAAGAAUUCCAGGAUAUGGCACCACUGAAGAAAAGACUGGCACCUCAUCAGAUGGUGCUGGUGCUAAGACCACAUCCAAGAAAUUCUCCAGCAAACUUAAAAGGAGAAAACCAAAGACCUUCCCAAGUGAAAGUGCAUCGUCUAAUGAAAAGUCCACGCAGGAAACAAGCGACUCAGAGAAUGGAGUUCAGCAGGAUACGAAUUCCGAUAAAGUUUCUUCCUCACCAAAGGUGAAAGGUAGUGGGAGACGUGGAGGUCGUAAGAGGAACAACAACCGAGUCGCUGAGCGAGUUCCUCGUAGGACUCAAAAGAGACAAAAGAAGACAGAAGCCUCAGAUACUGAUUCCAUCGCCAGUGGAAGUCGUUCACCAAGCGAUGCAAAACAUAAAGAAAAUGAAGAUGCUAUUUCCUCAUCUCAGAAGCAUGUAAAAUCUGGGAACUCUGGGAAGUCAAGGAAGAAUGACACUCCUGUAGAAGAAUCCAAGAAUUCUGUGAAGGAUGACGAUCCUGUUUGUCAGUCAAAUGAGGUUGCAUCUGAACCGUGUAGCAAUGAAAGUUCAAGGAAAGACGAAUUUGUGGGUGAAAAUGUAUGCCGAGGAGGAUUGGCUGGAAACAAAUCGUGGAGACCACUUGAGAAAAGCCUUUUCCAAAAAGGUGUCGAGAUAUUUGGAAUGAAUAGCUGCAUGAUUGCUAGAAACCUUUUGAGUGGCUUCAAGUCAUGUUGGGAGGUCUUCCAAUAUAUGACUUGCUCGGAGAAUAAAGCUUCCUUCUUUGGAGGUGACGCAUUGAAUCCCGAUGGUACUUCCAAGUUUGAUAUCAAUGGAAAUAUGGCUAAUAACCAAGUUAGGAGAAGGUCGAGAUUUCUACGUAGAAGAGGCAAAGUGCGUCGCUUGAAGUAUACAUGGAAGUCUGCUGCAUAUCAUUCAAUUAGGAAAAGAAUUACUGAGAGGAAAGACCAGCCGUGCCGUCAGUUUAAUCCAUGCAACUGUAAAACUUCUUGCGGGAAAGAAUGUACUUGUUUGCUAAACGGGACUUGCUGCGAGAAGUACUGCGGUUGCCCAAAGAGCUGCAAGAAUAGGUUUAGAGGUUGUCAUUGUGCCAAAAGUCAGUGUCGAAGCCGUCAGUGUCCAUGUUUUGCUGCAGAUCGAGAAUGCGACCCAGAUGUUUGUAGGAACUGCUGGGUCAUUGGUGGGGAUGGUACGCUCGGGGUCCCUAGCCAAAGAGGCGAUAACUACGAGUGUAGGAAUAUGAAAUUACUUCUGAAACAACAACAAAGGGUGUUACUUGGAAGAUCUGAUGUUUCUGGUUGGGGAGCUUUCUUAAAGAACAGUGUAAGUAAGCAUGAAUACCUUGGGGAAUACACAGGAGAGCUGAUCUCGCAUAAAGAAGCAGAUAAACGUGGAAAGAUCUAUGAUCGCGAGAACUCGUCUUUUCUUUUCAAUCUAAACGAUCAGUUUGUGCUAGAUGCUUACAGGAAAGGAGACAAAUUGAAAUUCGCUAACCAUUCCCCUGAACCUAACUGUUACGCAAAGGUCAUUAUGGUUGCUGGAGAUCACAGAGUUGGGAUUUUUGCAAAGGAGAGGAUAAUGGCUGGAGAAGAACUGUUCUAUGACUACCGGUAUGAGCCAGAGCGAGCUCCAGCUUGGGCUAGAAAACCUGAAGCUUCGGGUUCUAAGAAAGACGAGAAUGUUGCACCUUCUGUUGGUAGACCAAAGAAGCUUGCUUAGUUGCAGAAGCCAAACACUGCAUCCACACACACGACAAAAACAAAAUUAAUCAUUUUUUUUGGCUUAAACCCUAUAUUUAUAGGUGGAAGAACACAUUGAUACAAAUCCAUGCAUUUUGCUGAGUCUAAAGAAAAGUUAUAUUCGUUGGAUUUUUAACGUCCUUUUUUUUUUCAUUUCAUGGUUAAGCGACUUGAGUUUUUAUUUCAUUCUAUUUUUUUGUUGCGUA